AUGAAUCGUCGUCGAAAGAGCUGGGUAAGGAGAUGCGAGCGCGCCUGUUGCUCGGUCGUCACAUACUUUCCGUUAGGAUUCAUAUAUGGCUUGAGUACAUGGGCAAUAUGGGUGGAGGCAGGAUUAGGAAUCUCUACAGGUCUCAAUACAUGGACAGGCACGAUUUCCUCUGUCAUUGGCAUUACCCUUUACCUCCUCUUGAACUGGUCAUACACCACCGCCGUCUUCACUGACCCAGGUUCGCCUAUUAACCGGAGCAGUCAAUCAGGCUACUCUCACCUUCCCACCCACGAGCCUUCUGCGCACCGAGACGCUCCAUCCUUCACCGUCAAGUCUACAGGCGAGAGCCGGUUCUGCAAGAAGUGCAAAGCUCGGAAACCGGAUCGUGCACAUCACUGCUCGACAUGUGGGCGCUGCGUGCUCAAGAUGGAUCAUCAUUGCCCAUGGCUGGCUACGUGUGUUGGCUUGAGGAACUACAAGGCUUUCGUUCUGUUCUUGAUCUACACGUCGAUAUACUGUUGGCUCUGCUUUGCGGUGACCUCGACAUGGCUCUGGAGCGAAGUCUUUAGUGACACCGAAUACAUGGAAAGUCUUAUGCCGAUCAAUUACGUGUUACUCUGCGUCAUCUCUGGUAUCAUUGGCCUUGUUUUGACGGGUUUUACGAUUUGGCAUCUCAGCCUGGCAUACAGAGGUCAGACAACUAUUGAGUGUUUGGAGAAAACUAGAUAUCUAAGUCCGUUAAAAAAAUCGAUGCGACGGCAACAAUUCGGCAAUGCAAAUGGGAACGGAGGUCAAAGCUACGGACAACAGCUUGCAGAAAUCCAUGCGAAUACAGUACCUGGAGUUACGAGAUCUGAGGAAGGGGAGGAAAUGCUUUCGGAUGUGGACCUUGAAGCAGGCCCACGGUCAAAGGCACAUAAGUCGUUACAGAGGGACUAUGGCGAAAUGGAGCGAUCGAGGGAGCGUGAGCGCUACGAGGACUAUCUUGACGAGCAGGACUCGGAGAAGCUACCAAGUGCUUUCGACCUAGGGUGGAGGAGAAACCUACAGCAUUUGUUCGGGGACAAGCCGCUUUCAUGGUGGCUACCUAUCUGCAACACUUCAGGCGAUGGGUGGCACUGGGAGCCGAAUCCAAAAUGGGUUGAAGCUAGGGAAGCCAUAAGGAAGGAAAGAGAAGCGCAGUGGCAAGAGGAUGAGGAGAGAAGGAGGGAUGGCUAUGGAGAUGGCUACUAUGAUCGACGGUGGCCUGCAAGAGAGGACUCGGAACGACAUUAUCUGACGACAUCGAACGGCGUAAAGGAUGUACCAGGUUCAGGAAUCAGGUCGUCUGGGAAGGCCGAUCAGAUCCUUGGGAGGACUGAUGAGUACUUUGAUCGCAGCUUUGAUGACGGCAGCCCCUCGAGCAGAAUGUCCAUGAAGACACUGAGGCGACGGGGUAGUUUCAGCGGGUCCAGUGACGAUGACGAUUACGAAGUCAGCAGUGACGAGGACAGGGGAUCCGUCCAAGACAUGCCGCAGUCCAAUGGCCAGCCAAAAGCAGAGAUUGGAUGGCCGAAACGGGAUUGA